CUCCAGAUCGAGUUGCUCGUGCUGCCAGUCCAGGCCGUCCCUGGCUCCCGCUCCAGAAACCGAACGCUGACCUGCAUGCGCCACCACGGCAACCCUCAUCCUCCCGUCGUUUGUUCGCAUUCCCACUCUCCCCCUCAUCCCAUCUCAAUAUUCAUCACAAGAGUGAUGUACAAAAACCACGCUCACGCUGUCAAGGCAUCUCUCGAUUUCGGCCCACGUCGCCCAUCUCCCCCUCCUCAUCUGCCUAUCACCCCGGCUUUUGGAACUGCAACUCACCCACCUCACCCCCCGGACCCCGUACCUGGCCAUAUUAAAUACAGCCGUUGUUGACCUUGUUUGUCCCUGGUCCCCGUCGGGCACCCUUCGCGGGGUACAUAGAUGAAGUACCAUCUCGCAUUGUACCACCACCCAGAACGCUGAGCAUAGUCACCCGAUCACCUGGCCGUCUCCUCUCGUGCUAGCACCGGUUGCACAGAGGAGCCCACCAAAACAAUGUGGUGGUGGUGGUGGUGGUGGUGGU